CGGAGAAUGCUGUACAGCUGGUAGAAAAAUGACUGCGGCGACGAUGGAAGGGGCCGAUGUCCAUAGGAUGGAGCAGAAAAAGUUGGAGUAUUUCUCAUCCAUCAACUCCAUGGCCAGGAAAAUAAUGCAAGAAAGGGAGAACAUCAAGGAGAGACAUGGAUCCGAUUGGGAGAAAAUGACACCGAAUGAACAAGACAGCGCCAUCGACAAUGGAAUGAUGGACCCCCAUAUUCGGGCUCGAUAUGCUAUGCAUAGGGUUGACCGAGAAGAAGUCAUUUGUUAUCCUAAAUUACUCAUUCAGACAGGACAGAAAAUAGUCCAUUUUGGUGACGAGGUAUGGACUCUUACCCCAUUUGCAAUGGUAGCCACAUAUAUUUAUUUUAGAGAAUUAGCUACGUUUUCUCGCAUGAUUCCAAAUAGCUAAAAUGGCUAACAUGCUAGCCACGACGAAUAUUUGGGCUGGUGGUAAACGUCACACCAACAACACAAUGCAAGAGCGCGAGCUGGAUCAUAUGGCCAUUUUCAUAAUGGUCUUCGCCUUCUCCAUGACAUAUUCAAAUGAGCAUUUAUAUGAUAACAUGCUCUGUCUGAUUUAGACAAAUCUGGGGAAAUAGCCAUUUAUGUUUUGCACUAAAUUCGCUGGAUUAUCAAAACAUUCAGACAGCCAGGUAGUACAGUACUAUAAUCCAGUAAUCUGACUGGCAGACUGUUUCUGCCUGUGAAGAGUAGUGGUUUAUCACGAAUCAUCACACUUUGAUGACAACAUCUGUUUUUGUGUUCAAUUUCAGGACAUAACUUGGCAAGAUGAGCACUCUUCCCCAUUCUCCUGGGAGACCAAGGUGUGUAUGACGGUGUCCUUCAUGUUUUCUUCUAUCAUUCACAAGAUUACCUUAAAUUGAUGUAGCGCUACACAUUUUAUUUUCUGUCAACACAUCAUCUCCCCUCUUUUUACAGAGCCAGUUAGACUUCAGCCUGACAACCGGUGAAUCUGUGCAGGGCAUCUCCUCUUCAACAGCUGAUUACAAGCCAAGCAAAGUCACCCAGAGCAGCCAGCUGAGCAAGGUGACCCAGAGCAGCAAGGUGUCCAACAGCGAGAGCCUCGGCCUGGGCAGGAAAGAGGAGGAGUCCUCCUUCUGGAAGAUCAGUGCUGAGAGAUCCAGGCUGGAGGGUGAACAGGCAGACUUCCACUCCCUAACACCCAGCCAAAUCAAGUCCCUGGAGAAGGGGGAGAAGCCACUGCCCUCCUAUCUCCGUCAGGAGCCCACCCCCAAGGAGACAGAGGAGACCCCACCUCCGCCACGGGUGACCAAGCAGAGAGCCACCAGGCCGCCUGCGCCUCCUCCCCCUGUGCCCAUCAGUGUCCCCCCCCCAGCAGCCAUAAGUGUGACCCCUAUGAGCGUGACCCCUACCCCUGCUCCUAUCAGUGUGUCGUCCACUGUGGCUGGCUGGGAGCGUGCUCAGAGCACCCUCCCCUCAGUCAGCAACACAGUGGAGGACGUCUUCACUCCAGGGCUGGCCACCAAAUCCCCGGGGCUGCCAACCAAGUCCCCUGCCCGCUCAGGCAACACUGCCAGAGACAGAGAGGAGAAGGCUGCUGCUCAGACUGAGUCUCAACUGGCCACCAGUCCAACCUUCGCUCAGGUGAGUUUCUGGAACAACCCAUUGUGAGCGUCUGCUGAAUGACUAAAAUGUAAAUGUUAAAACUGAUCAAAGAUAUUUUGAUCCAGAGAAAUUGGCAACAGCAUUUACCUGUGUAUUAAGUCUAAUUACUCUACUAACAAAAUUGUAAUAACAUGUUGUUACAUAGUACAUUUACUUCAUGUUGUGUGCACAGUUCUAAUUGAGAUUUCCUAUUUUUCUCCUACCAGUUUAAUACCAGCAGUAACCUCCUGAAGACCGGAUUUGACUUUCUUGACAACUGGUAACAGCGGCUUCAAGCAACACAACUUGAGUGACUGGAUCAACUCAACACUAGAAGGACCAUUGUGAUGACCAUUUUAAUACAUGUAUUAAGGAAAGCCAACUAUUGAACUGACCAUGUCUAUUUAUCUUAAAUGGCUUGUUAUGGCAUAUCUCACUACAUGUGUGCUUCUGUCUCCCCACUGCCAGAACCCCCACCUUCCAGCUGUUACUCUACCUUUAUUACUCUGACCUCGUACUAGUGCUAAGCAUUACAGUAGUGUACACUAAUGAGAAGCACUCAAAUCGGUAUGUUUAGGUAAGCCAGCAUGUUAAGUGAUUUAUACCACUUGCAAUGUAGAUCUACAACCAUUUUACAAUACUAGAGAGUACUAUUUUACAGAAUUUUGUAUGUGAACUAUAUUCAUUGUAUCAUAAUAUGCUAUAUUGCACUCAUGCAUUUUGAAAACACAGAUUCAAAGCAAAUAAAUGAAACGGAACCAGG